AAAAUUAAAAAAACCACGAUUUCGUGGGGACCUGUUCUGCACAAGACCCUUGAAAUGUUUUUGUGCCAAAAGUUCAACAGAGACUGUUUUAUCAGCAUUGCACAGCACGACAGCACUGCAACGGUAUCUUUUUCGAUUUCAUGAAACAGACAGUACUCCAACAUUUUCUAAAAUUCUUCAUUAUCUCUAUCAGGUUCCAAUGUCAGUAUUGUGCUGAAAUAUUUAGGUAUCUUCUGAAACCCUUGGGUGUUUAUCACUCGGUUCCAAAAUAAACGGAUAUACUACGUGGAUAACUGUCUGAACUGUCUCCUUUUCUUCUGUUUCUUUAAGACUCUUCCUGGACAUUAUCUAUUAUUCUCGAUAAGCAUUUUAUAGAUGAUUUUUUAUUACUGUUUAAUUUAGACCAUUUUAAUUACAUUGUCAGCAUCUUUCAAUGUCAUCAACUGUCAAGUAUGAACACAAAAUUUUCUCGUAAAAUCACCACUCAUGUCUCAAGCAAAAGAUGAGUUGGGUGAGCAAGACUCAAAAUCAGAUUCAUCUAGAGAUUUAUUUAGGGAAGAAGCUAUAUUAGUGGCUUUAGGAGAAACAGAAAAUAUUUUUGGGUUGUUUCUAAAUUCGAUAAAUGACUUACCAGAAAAGGUGGAUACUAUUAAAGAAGAAGAAAACGUAAAUUCAGGAAGUGAUGAUAAUUUAGACGAAUGCAAGUCUAAUUCUGAAAUUGCGAAUGAAAAUAAAGAAGAUGAAUUGGAUUUCAAAAUAGAAAAUUGGUUAAAUAAUACAAGUGAAAUUCAAAUAAUCAACAACAAUGUAAUAUACGUAGAUGAAAUUGGUGUUGCAAGAGUAGAAAAUGAGAAAAUUAAGCAAGAUUUAAACGAAAGUCCAACAACAAAAGAACCAACAUUAUUAGAAACAGUUUCUUCAUUAGAAAGGCAAGUUUUAUCGAGAGUAGAAAUGUUACCUGAUAACAGAAAGUCAAAAAUACUACAACUGCCACCUGACUCCAUUCCCAUUACUUCAAGUCGUUGUGAAAAAGAACUGGUCGGUGAUGACGUGGCAAAUACAAAAGCUCACAUAGUUUGUGAAUGUGAUCAACCCGGAGUUUCUGGAGGGGCGGUUCCUACGGUUAUAUCGUUUACUUUGAAUGAUGAUCCUAAAAAUAAGAAGUCUGAUAAUGCAAUUAAUAAAGAACAAAAAGAAGGGGUCCAAAAAGUGGAACAAAGAGUUUCUAGACCAAAAGCCAGCUUAAUUCCUAAACUCACAAACUCCUAUCGAACGAACAGAUUAAAUGCUAAACCUCCAAAACAACCUAAUUACGAAGAGAAAUUCGCGGAACACGACAAAAAUAUCACGUCAAAAAUGCUGGCUUUCCAACAAAAAAUCCGAGAAACGUCGUCCCUUUUAAAAGCCAAAGUCAGCCAAAGCAACGCUGUCGAGAAUAAAAAUCCCCGAUCAAAACGAUCACCAGAAACUUGA